CGCCGGUGUUUAUCAGCGGAGUUCUCCACAUCAACACACCGCAGUAGCGCUGUAAAUGUGUUUUAGCCACGUUAUUGAUGGUGAAACUGUCUUAUUUUGCCGUGAUCAGUGGCCUGAUUGCCCUCUAUCUACACCUCGCUUGUUUCUCUAGUGCCUCUGGUCGUUUCAUGCCGGGGGGGAAGCGAUUUGGCCAACUAAAAGCUACUGUAUCGACAAGCCGAUCUCCUCCGUGUCAGCAAUCACGCACCCCAAGGAACGGUUCUCCUAGUAUCGGGACUGUGAGGCAGACGAUAUCAUCUCUUCUCACGAUUCCCCAGCUUUAUCACAUACCUAUUCCACGAGUUCCUAUCUUCAACGCUAUGGGUUUCGAAAUUCUUUUUUUCGCUUAUCUGGUUUCCGCGCUUGGUCUACAAUACCUCAAUAUAUACAAACUGAAUUUCCAUGUGGUUGAUGUCCACUUGGUCACAUUCAUCUUGAUAUUCUUGUCCAGAAGACUCAUAUGGAACAUUUUAAAGCAGACACUGGCAUCAGAAAUCCUUUUCACUGUCAAGUACUUCCUGGGUCUGAUUUUUAAGGCUGUUAUUUUUCUUGUGGUGAUCUGCACUCUCACAUGGUUGCUAUGGAAACUUUUUCAACAUAACAGCAUUCAAAAUUGUCUGUUCCUACUAUAUCCUAUUGUCAUGUACCUGUGUGCAUUUGGCUUCACACUGGAUCCGCAAGGCAACAAAGUGAUGUUCAAGAUAAGCCCGCAUGUUGAGAUUUCCCAGAUCCAUCUUAUCCCUACCAGAACAAUGGAAAAGAAAGCCUUUCAAAAUGGAGAUGCAAGACAAGAACUGAUAGGAAAACCUAACUGUACACUUCCACCAGAUGCAGUUCGAUAUGAGGCAGAGUGCCUGAGAACAGAUUUUAAUUCCAGAAUUAAGCAAGUUUUGUUCCAGUCUUUGCUCUGUGCUUACUUUGUUGGUUUUUUACCCAUGAGAUUUUCAGAGCAACACCAUGUGUAUUAUGAUCUGUGGUGGGCAUGUCAGCAGAUACUAUUCAUAUGGCUAAGUUCCCUAUUGGUGUUAAUGAUGUACAUGUUACCAUUGACAUACUGUGAUGCAUUACACAAGUGCGCGGUUCAUCUUGGUGGGUGGGAGCGGUAUACCUGUGGACACAGGGAGACACCUCAUGUAUGGUCGCCGCUGACGGUGUGGCCUCAAGGGGUGUUGGUGCGGCAUAACAAGUUACUUUACAAAGGCUUAGGAAUUCAUAAUGUUGCAAUACCUGGGGACCCCCAUCACUCAAGAUUCUUUUUUAUGUUCGAGUCACCAUUGCGACUCAUCAAUUGGAUGUCCGCAUCCCUACUCGCCCUAGUCCUCUACCAGCUCGUCCUUAUCAUUCGAUGUCACUUUUGGUACCAGCUUCUCUCGGUCGUCGGUAUGCUGUCCUUCAACUACGUCAUACUCUACCGCAUAUUGCGUGACCGUUGGGCGCUGCAGGGGGUACUAGCACAGAAGGAAACUAGAGACUAGCGGUACGGAGACUGGGUCCUGGGUUUUGUUGCGCUUUGUGUGUGAGGGCUUAAAGAUAUGGCAGGUCACAUAAAUUCGAUGCUUUAAAAAGCAGUAUAAUAUAAUGAGAAAGAAAAUACACUAGUAUAAUAAAAUAGUAAUUUAAGUACAUUAAGGUGGCUAAAGUAAAAAAAGGUUGAAAACAUUGGAGAAAAUACCUUUUUUAAGACUCUGAGUGACGAAUGUUUCUCUGCCGCUAGAACUCUUUACAAAUGAGAUGCAUACAAUAACAAUAUAAAUCCGCAAAAGCAUAAAAUAAUUUAUGGAUAAGUAUUUUUCAUAAUGACAUUUCAAUCUAUCAAUGUCACGCAAGUGAGAUCGCCAGGUCACGCAUUGUCACGCAAGUCAGAUCUUCAUGUCACACAUUGUCACGCAAGUCAGAUCCUUAGGUCACGCAUUGUCACGCACGUUCAAGGUCUUUUAUCCCGUAAAGUUGCUUGCAAACAGCUUCGGCUAGUAUCGCUGGCGCAGUCUCGCGGCUUUAGGAUAACGACAUAGGAAACGUUGCCAAACUAAUACUUCACAGCACACGGCUUUCUUACAGCGCAAGGCUUUGCAAUGACGGGGCUGUUGGCACGGAGCCUAAUAAACCACAUUUUUUCUGCCGUAUUUUUAAGCCUUCAUUCCACAUAAACCUCUCCUACCUAGGGCCUAGUUUAAGUACUCUAGAUUCCAUUCAGUAAAACUAAAUUAUAAGUCGUUUUGGCGCCUGAAGUAUUGUAUGAGCUCUCAAAGUCAAUAAAAAAGUAUGUUUAGCAA